GAGGCAGUUGGACAAGUUUGUGGCUGAGCCGGUUUAUCCAGUGUUGAAGAUGGGAAGUUACUUGUCUGCCCCAGCUUACUUCGCUCCCAAGGAUCCCUUUCGGUGCUCUGAAUGUCAGGAUCCCCUCACUAACUGGUACCAUGAGAAAGAUGGGAAGCUGUACUGUCACAAAGACUACUGGGGGAAGUUUGGGGAAUUUUGCCAUGGCUGCUCUCUGCUGAUGACUGGACCUGUAAUGGUGGCUGGCGAAUACAAGUAUCACCCUGAGUGCUUUGCUUGUAUGAGCUGCAAAGUGAUCAUUGAAGAUGGGGACACUUACGCACUCGUGCAACAUUCCACUCUCUACUGUGGAAAAUGCCAUAACCAGAUUGUGCUGACACCAAUGAUAGAAAAACACUCUACUGAGUCUCUGCGUGAGCAGCUGCCUUAUACGCUGACCCUCAUCUCCAUGCCAGCAGCUACUGACGGCAAGAGGGGGUUCUCUGUGUCUGUCGAAGGUGGCUGCUCCAGUUAUGCCACUGCUGUCCAGGUGAAAGAAGUGAACAGGAUGCACAUCAGCCCAGAUGUCCGGAACGCCAUCCACCCUGCAGAUCGUAUCCUGGAGAUUAAUGGAGCUCCUAUUCGUACAUUACAAGUGGAGGAGGUGGAGGAGCUGAUCCGCAAGACAAGCCAGACACUUCAGCUGCUGAUAGAGCAUGACCCUGUCUCGCAGCGCUUGGACAGGCUUCGUCUGGACUCCCAUCUUCCCACCCACAUAAAGCCACCCAUUUCCCCGCGCUCCCUCUCACCACUGGACAUCAAGGAGAAUCUGGAAGGAACGCUCCGACGGCGCUCCCUCAGGCGAAGUAACAGCAUUUCUAAGUCUCCUGGUCCCAGUUCUCCAAAGGAACCACUUCUCCUGAGCCGUGACAUCAGUCGUUCAGAAUCCCUACGAUCCUCUUCUAGCUGCUCCCAGCAAAUCUUCCGGCCCUGUGACCUGAUUCAUGGAGAAGUGCUAGGAAAAGGAUUUUUUGGACAAGUAAUCAAGGUGACUCACAAAGCAACAGGAAAGGUGAUGGUGAUGAAGGAGCUGAUUCGCUGUGAUGAGGAAACACAGAAGACUUUUUUGACAGAGGUGAAAGUGAUGCGCAGCUUGGUUCACCCCAAUGUGCUGAAGUUCAUUGGUGUACUGUACAAGGACAAGAAGCUGAAUCUCCUCGCUGAGUACAUCGAGGGAGGCACCCUGAAGGACUUCCUUCGCAAUGCAGACCCGUUUCCCUGGGAGCAGAAGGUCAGCUUUGCCAAAGGAAUUGCCUCUGGAAUGGCUUACUUGCACUCCAUGUGCAUCAUUCACAGAGACCUGAAUUCACACAAUUGCCUAAUCAAAUUGGAUAAGACAGUGGUGGUGGCUGACUUCGGUCUGUCUCGGCUGAUUGUGGAGGAAAGGAAAAAGCCCACUUUGGAGAAGCCAUCGGCCAAGAAACGAACCCUACGCAAGAGUGACAGGAAGAAGCGCUACACGGUGGUUGGCAACCCGUACUGGAUGGCCCCAGAGAUGCUCAAUGGACAGAGCUACGAUGAGACAGUGGACAUCUUUUCAUUUGGGAUUGUUCUCUGUGAGAUCAUAGGCCAGGUUUAUGCUGACCCGGACUGUCUCCCACGCACACUGGAUUUUGGCCUUAACGUCAAGCUGUUCUGGGAUCCUGCUGACUGUCCUCCAGCCUUCUUCCCUCUGGCUGCUAUUUGCUGCAGACUGGAACCAGAGAGCAGGCCCCCUUUUUCCAAGCUGGAAGAUUCAUUUGAAGCUCUCUCCCUCUACCUGGGAGAAUUUGCCAUCCCCCUUCCAUCUGAGCUGGAGGAGCUGGACCACAACGUGAGUGUGCAGUAUGGACUGAACCGUGACAAGCUACCUGACAACACAACCUAGUGAGCUCAUCCUGCUGCCUGCCCCACUUCAUUGGAGCCGAGUGACAGGGAGGGAGAUGCACUUCAGCCACUUCCAGGGCAUUAAUGGAGCACCACGCUGUGCGUUCGCUGCAUUGCCUCUCUCCCCAUCCAACACCCCUUGUCUUGGACAUCUGAUUCACUGUGGAUUUUUGACACGUUUCAGAAGCAAAAUGGGCUGUUUCCUGCCAACUGCACCUAGGAAAGCUGCUCAACACUAUUUUUAUGGCUUGAGAAAUGUUUCUCUGACCUUUUCAGGCUUCUUUACUGUGGUGCCUUAGAACUUGGCUGCAAGCUGUGAAGCCACCCUGGUCUGUCUGCCAGGGAGGGAUUUGCUAUAGGAGACUCUCCUGGGUAAAGACCAGCACUUCUGGAACUGCUUCUCCCACUGACUACCCUGCACAGAAAGCAGGGGAAAUUGGACAUCCAGCAAAAGUCCCCACCAGGACAGUG